AUGGAGUUGUUCUUAUCAACAGAUUUAAAUUCAUAAUUCUUAACACUUUUGGCUCAUUAUACCAGAUUGGUUACAACAGGUAGAGUAAAAUUAGUGGUGCUUUCACAUCAAGCAUUAAAAUUAAAUGAGGAAGGUGUAUUAAAAUUCCCAUCGAUUCCUUCAUUGGUGACAGAGGAUGCAUAAAUUUUAUCAAAUGUUUUCUCUAUUGCACAAUAUUUAACUAAUAUUUCAUUUACAGAAAAAAUACUCAUCGGAACAGAUAAUUAAACAUUGGGACAAGUUUUAUAAGUUUUUGAAGCAUAAAGAAAGAUUUAAGGAGAAGAAUUAAUUGAAGCAUUUCUGAAACAUUUAGAAAGCAAAGUAUUUUUUGUUACAAAUCAUGUAACACUAGCGGAUUUGUUUUUAUAUAUUCACACAUAUGAUAUAGUGUCUACAUGGAAUGAUGAACAAAAAGUUGGAAAAUAUGUGCAUUUCUUCAGAUGGUUUAAAUAAGUUCAAGCAUUACCAUAAAUUGCUGAAAUAAACAAAACAUUGGGUAGAGUUGAUGUGAAGCCUGCAUCUCCAUUUGUUGAUAUUUCAUCAACAAGUAAGUAAAAAAAGCAGAAAUGAGAUUAUAUUAUAUUCCUAUUAAAUAUUAGAAACAUGGAAUUUAUGUUAAUUCAAUCAUCA